UCCUUUGCUUCCAGUGCAGAGACAUUUCUCCUGUCUAUCAUCAUGAAUGCAGUUCUGGCUGUUACCUUUUGCCUCUUGGUUAUUUUGGAACCUGUGAACUGCCGAGAUCAGAGGAAACUCCAGCCAUGGAUGCAAGGCACCAUUGCAGUUGUCGUGUUCUUGGUUUUGACAGGAAUUGCUUUUGUCGUCAAUCGGUUAUGGUGCCAGGAUAAAGAGGAUUCCUUAGGUGGAAAAAACACAGAACCCUCCAUGGGAGGCCACAAGGAGGAGCUGGUCAUAUCUAAUGGCACAGAAGGGCAGUAUUCAGUGAUUGCAGAUAAUUUCAGGUGCAAAGAAGGCCGUCAUGUCUAUGAAAACCCAGUUGAAGCUGACUGUAGAAGUACAACUGAGAGUCAUGACCAAAAUACAAUCAAAGUUCUUACUACUUGCAUGUAACAUCCAUCCUCAUUGCUGGAUUACACUCACUUUUUGACCCCCACCUCUUUUUAAAAUCCUCCCCAUACUAUAGACUUCAGGCAUGAUGUGACCACCUCUUGCACAUCAAUUAUUCUUUAUGGAUAUAAUCACACCAUUGUGAGGCACUAACUAAUGGCUGAGUGAAGCCAUUUUCCUUUCUUCUGGUGUUAAAAGUUUGCACUCUUUUCUUUUUUUGUAUAGGCUAAGUUCAGAAGUCUACCACACAUCUUGAAUAGAAUAAACUGGCACAAAGGGUUAGUCCCUGCAUUUUUCACAAGAUGGGCCCACUAACAGAACAUUGUGGUCCUCCAGAAUACAUCUGUUGGGCUCAUUCCCUAACCACAUAUCAUUUCUACUUAGUACCUUUUGCCAAAUUACUGUUGUCUUAGACAGACUAUAAACCUAUUCACAAGUCUCUCACAGCCCAUUGACAUGCUCCAAGCUGGUCUUGUAGUAGCAAGCAAAAAGGGUCUCCUUUGCUAAGCAGGGUCUAACCUGGUUUGCAUUUGAAUGGGAGACAUAUGUGAGCACUGCACGAUAUUACCUUUAGGAGAUGCAGCCGCCCUGGGAAGAGCAUCUGCAUGCUUCUGCCUGCAUCCUUGGAGAAGCUGCUGCCAGUCUGUGUAGACAAUACUGAGCUAGGUGGACCAAUGGUCUGACUCAGUAUAAGGCAGCUUCUUAUGUUCCUAUGUAAUGUAGAUACCACUUUUACUCCAUUAUAGGAGUUCUCUGCAUUGUGAGAGAGCAGCUUAAGCAAGCAGCUACAUAGAAACCGUAAGUGGGUGGUGUCAGCUCCAGGGUCAAUCCGCAGUGAAGGCAUGUUGAUCCUCUACCCAGGCUGCCACCAUAUUUUUCUUUCUCUGAUAUGAAAUUGCCAGAGGGACAAAGCUCUAACUAGAAUGGGAUUGGAUAAGACAAAUAUUAAGAAGAUAUGUGAUCCUACAAAUGGGCUUACUAUGAGUUUCUUACUGAUACCUGAAGAAUUCAUUCCAUGCAAAUGCAUCUUGAUGUUUUCUAAUUUACAAAUGAAGUUUUUAAAAUGGCUGCUUUCUUCUUUAUGCAAGAUAUAAUUUGUCAUU